AUGGCUUCUACGAAUUUAAAUGAUGACUCUGUUCCUGAUGUCCCUCUAGCGUUCGUUUUUAAUUCAUAUUUAGAUGAACUUACGGAAGACAUACGCGCGCGCCCAAUUCCGUGGGAGGGUUAUCAAAAGGCCGGAUUAAUUACACAAGAGGAACUUGACCUUUUGAAACGUAUUGAUAAGCAAAGUCGCGAACAAUUAAGAUUGGUCAUGCAAAAGGAUGCAGAUAGAUAUGCUGAACUUUAUACAAGUCUCUUGGGAAAGAUGCAACGAGUUGAUACGGUACAACAUAUAUUGGUCAUGACCAACGAUAUGCUGUCCG